UCCACCCCCCUUCCUUUUUUACCUCUCCUCCUUACAUACACAUUCACAAGACUGCAGCAGUGGGAGACAGAGCUUCCGUGAAUCUGUGCAUGAGUGUGUGUGUGCGUGUGUGUGGCGUGUGCCGAGAGCGUGUGGAUGUGUGAGACACCCUCAGUGAUGUGAGAACCUGAGACAUAUAUCCUGGACUUUUCUGGAAUUUGAACCCCUCUCCCAAGCUUCUUCAAGCAGAUCCUCACUCUAACACUUUCAUCUGCUGUGGAUGUGCAACACCAUCCGUGUCUUUGCACUCACGCACACACACUUUCUGCAGUGUGUGUGUGUGUUUGUGUGUGUAAGGCACAGUUCUGGCAUCACCUCGAGCAACACUGCGAGUGUCUCGGCUCCUCGAGCCUCCCCAGAGUGAUGCGCUAAGUGAACGGAGAUGUCCCAGCACAACGGGAGGCUGCAGCUCUCGCUCUGCUCUCAUGCUCCUCUCAGGGAGUGAUGGUUAGUAAGGAGGCAGGCCCCUGCAUCCUGUCAAAUUCAGAGUCGGACUCAGAGGCCGGAGGUCCAACCCUCGGAAGUGAGAGCAGCAGAAGUGGGAACGUAGUGAACAAAAGAAACAAAGCCCUACAGGUCCGCUUCAAGGACAUCUGCGAGGCCCAGAAUGAGGCAGCACGUCUAGCCCGGGGUGCCAGGGCGCGCUCUGUUUCAUGCAAGGUCGUACACAAGAGGUACAUGACCAUGCCGGCACGCCGCUCCAUACCCAAUGUGACCAAGAGCACAGCUGUGCAAACCUCACCCGAAUUAAAGAAGCGUUAUCAGACUUUCCCCUUUGAGCGCAAAAAGGGGCACACUAUCAAACACACUGCUCUAGUAGAGAACUAUGAGAACCAGAACAAUGGGUUCUUAAGUGAAAUACAAGCUACUGAGGAGGAAAGGCCACUUGGGGCAAGGGUACAGAAGACUCGAGUUCUUCUGCACAGUAUGCCACCAUGUGUUGAUGUGCAGGAUUUGUGCCCAGAUAGCAGCCUUGAUUCCUCAGGUCAAGGCAGAGAGACAGAUACAAACCUGCACCAACCAGACUCAAAGGAAGAAGAGUGUGUCCAAGGAAGUAGCAAGCACAAAGGAUUACCCAAUCAGAGUGAAGUGGGAGCAGAUCAAGAGCCCAACUGCACCAAAAGCUCCUCCUCAUCUUCAUCAACACAACCUCUGCAGGACAGAGGUGCCAUUUCAAAGGUCACAGGCCCCAUUGCAUGGACAUCUUUGACACAAGUGGAAUGUCUGGACAGUCCCUCAGUGCAGUGCAAGCGUAAGAAAGAGCCUGUGCCAUUGAAUGGUCUGCAGUCUCAGACCUUACCACGUGCAGCCAGCUGCCCCUCCCAGGAUACCAGUCAGGCUCACUUCCAUGGUAGCUAUGGCUUUGGUAGUACAGAUACUCGAGAAGUCUCCCGGAGUCACGUGUGUGGGCAGAUGAUUCCGCUGCCUGGGGCAGAUGGAGACGUGAAAGCCCGACUGCAGGCCAUGGAGACUCUCAUCAGCUCAAGCCAGGAGACCAUUAAAGUGCUGCUGGGGGUCAUUCAGGAACUAGAGAAAGGAGAGGCACAGCGGGAGGGACGACUAUCAUACCGAACAGGGCAGGAUACAGCCAACUGUGACACGUGCCGCAAUAGUGCCUGCAUCAUCUACAGUGUCGAGCUGGACUUUAAGUUGCAAGAAGAUAAAUUCCAGCCAUUGAUGAAAAGACUGUGUCCAGCUGUAGACCCGCCCUACCCUUCUCUGCCUUAUACGCAUGAAGUGUACACUUCCACCCCCAAGCGCAAGUCCAAGACUGAAGCCAAGAAGCAUGCACGCUGGAGACUCUGGUUUCUCUGAAUCGAGACUUUCACCUCUCUUAUUUCCAGCAUUUAUGCGCCAUAAUGUUACAAGAACAUCCAGAGCCCAAUCUGUUCAUUUCUGCACUGACAAACAGAAAGAAAACACCACAAUCCAGUGUUUUGAGGUUGUAGCACUGGGGAUGCAUUUAGACCUUGGAUUUUAAUGAGGAAUUGAAUUUGUUUUCAUUCAAUCAUCUUUAAUGGAAACUGGAAUCAUGUUUACCAAAAGUUUAUUUAUUUUUUUUAAUAUAAAGUUAUGUUUAAUGAGUAUAGCCAAAAGGAUAGCCAGCAUUUUGGAUAGGAUAGAUUAGGGCUACUACUAAACUCCAAAAAAUCUUUUUCUCUCCUUUUCUUAUCCUAACUCCCAUCUCCUUCUGCAGUGGCUCUAUAGGGUGGAACAAAUAACCUUCACAGGUAGUUCACCAUAAUUCUACUUUGGAUGGUCAUCUAAGACAUUUGGUCAGCAAAGCACAAACGUUGGGAAAAAAUGUAGUGAUUGUUUAAGCUUUAAAACAUUUUCUUAUUUUCUUUCUUUUUUUCUUUUAUUCACUGUAAUAGGAAAGUUGUUCAUAUUUUGGUUUGUUCUGAAAGACAAUGUGUAAAUGCAGAAUUAAUUGACUGCAUGCACAAUACAUGACUUUAUACAUGCCUACUUUAGUUCGUAGCUAACUUGAUAUAUUUUCCAUUACAAAUGUCAAGACUUUUAUGUUAAUAAUUAGAUGUUGAGGAUUUGGCUGUUGAGAAGUAAUUAUGUCAGUAUUGUAAUAUUCUGUGAGCUCAAGAGGAACUGUCUUUCUCUUCGAGCGUUCUCAAAAACAAAUGUUUUCUAUAAAUUGUACUGGGUUUUGAUUUCAACAAUAGUCUGUCUUUCAUACUGAACAAUAUCUAUGGUGGUAUGGCCGAGGCGAUUGUCCAAACAUAAAAUAAUGAAGUUUUAUUGUAUCUUUUCAGGUUAAUUUACAUGGUGUUUUCUACAAUGUCACCUUAAUAACACAAACACUGGAACUGUACAUGCUUAUUUGUGUACAAACUCAAAACCUGAAAUCCUUCGAGACCUGAAAAGUGAAAUGAUACAGACUAAAAGAGGGCUAUGUAAAUAUCUAAUUUAUAUCAAUUUAAGCAGUUAUUACUUGUCAGCUUUGUAUUAGCUACUCAAGAAAUGUCAACUUCCCUCAAGCCAUUACUUAGCCUACAUCUACUUCAAUGCUAAAUGCAGUAUAUAUAUUGUUAGGAACCAAUCACUUGAUGUCCAAACAUCAGUUAAACCAUAUAUUUUUUAUAAUUCAUACACAAAUUAGUUUAGAUUUACAGUCGAAUUGCACAGUGUGGACUAGCUGUAAGUGUAGCAUACUGAGACACAGAUGCAUUGCUUUACCUUUGAGAAAGUGCAAUUGAUUUAUAUUGUGCAAUAUUCUACAUUUUAUACUCUUUCUACCCACAAACAAUGCAUUUACAAUAAAG